GCUAUGUCAAACCGGAAACCGUUUCGAACGAACCGGCGCGGAUCGGCGCGAUGGACGCGUCGGCCAAGGUGGCCCGAGGGCGCAGCGAGGCCAACCUCGAGCACCUCACGAUCUCGGUGCCAUCAACCUCGCCACUCUACUCGAACGACUUUCAGAGCGGCUCGCCAUCGCUCCUGCGCCGGUCGCCAACGAGUCGCGACGCCGAUCGGUACAAGUCGUCGUCCAUGCUGCGCACGCCUACGUCCAAGGAAGUCGUCUGGAUACAACAAUAUGACCCGCGUCGUCGGCAGUACUACUAUCUCAACGGGUCCACGGGCGAGACGACUCUCGCCAAGCCGCGUUUCUUCUCCAAGGAGCUCCGCGAGCGCAAGAGCGUGGCAGCGCUCACGAUGCAGUGCGCACUGCGCUCGCACUUGGCACGCACGCGCGCGGCAGCCUUGCGCGUCGGUGCCCCCGCAACGUCGCACACGGGCGACGCGGUCCUCGACGAAGCGUACGCGCGCAAGACCAAGCACAUUGCGUCGCUCCUCACCGACAUUGCAAACCUCCUCGUGCUGCGGACGCCCUCCUUUGUCAAUGCCUCUUCGACAGACAAUGACGACGAUAACAAAGACACGGAAGGUCAUCUCGAUCGGGACGAGCUACUUGCGUUGUAUGCGGAGUUUGAGUCGACGCUCCGGUCGCUCACGUCAACCUUUGCCGCUGUCGAGGCCGUCAUCCGCGAGCUCCAAGACCAAGCGCUUCUCUUAACCAAGCAUGAAGACAUCAACGAGACGCUCAUUCAAGUGCAGAAAGGCGCGGUCCGACUCCACCGAACUAUCCUGGAGAAGGAUGCUCGCUUUUGCGAAAUGGACGCGGCGCGGCUCAAUGCUGCGUACGCUACCUACACGACGAUGGUCGCCGAGUCCAAGCAGCGGGAUACGACCAGUGUGCUGCAAAAGGCACUCCGGCGCUGCGAAGCCAUCUUCCGCAGAACCCUGGGCCCGGCUGCGGUGCAAACCGGCCGCGGCAUGGACGUGACCAAGGUCGCUGGCAAGGUGUUUGCCGACUGGCACGACGCCGUCACAAUGGCGGUCGAGAGCGUCCGCGAGCUGGAGGCGGCUGCCAAUGUACCAAUCACACCUGCCGUCGUUGCCGUCGACGUAGCGCCGAUAGUGGAAGCAGUACCACCGCCUCUCGUCGCAACUGUCAUGCCCGAAGUACCGGAAACCAAGAGCCCGCGCCGAAGCUCGUACGACGUGGCGUAUCUGCAAGCACGCUGGGCGAGUGGCCUCAAGCUCCGGGCCAAGGAUGCCGACGCGCAGCGACAACGCGCCAGCGCAGCCGAGCAGCAGCGAUACCACGCGUUUCAAGACCGCGUGUACGCGCAAGCCCAGUACCGAGAAGAGCGCAACCGGUGCAAGCUCACCAUCUGGGAGGCGGUCGUUGAAGGGUGGUCGGUCGAGAAGAUGAGCCAUCUCGUGGCACAAGAAACGAAAAGGACCAUGCAAGACGGUGUCUCGAGCUUCCGCCUCCGCGACGCGCAGUCAGAGAAUGGCCGGACGCUGCUUCAGCUCGCUUGCUGGUGGGGCCACGAGCAUUUGGUGCGGUACUUUGUCGAGAAGGGCUCCAACUUGGGCCAAUUCGACAGCGUGUGCAAUCGCUUCACCCUCCUGCACGACGCGGCGCGCGCGGGCCACGCACCGGUCGUCCGCGCACUGCUCGAGUACGGUCUCAGCGUGAGCGUGGUCGACGCCAGCGGCGACCUGCCCUUGCACUGGGCGUCGCGGCGCAACCAUCUGGACGCGGCCAAAGCGCUACUGGAGUGCGACGGCAAGCCGCCAAGCGCCCACGUUGCGCGAUGGAAGAGUCUUGGCACGCGGAAUGCGCGCGGAAAGCUCCCGAUCGACGUCACUAACUCGUUUAGCCUCCGCAAGUUCCUCUUGGACGAGCAGGACAAGGCGUUGCGGGGCCUCGAGGCCCACGCCGCCGAGGCCAAGGUGCCGACGGGUACGACCGACCCGUACAUCUAUGCACUGCGUCGGCGGGAUGCUGUGAUUGGGCCCCACGCGCUCGCGGCCGCACCGCUUCGGCGAGCCACUUUAUUGCUGCCGGCCAAACCGAACCACUUUGGCGAGUCGGGCGAGUACAUUGACGCCCGACGACAAAAGGAGUUGCGCGUGAAGAAGGCGACGGCAAAGGCGGUCAAGCAGCUUACCCGCGACGGCGCCAAGCGAAGUCUGGUGCGCGCGGCAGGUCAAAAGUUGAAAGCCAAGCUACGGCCGCGCAAGAAGAGCAGCUACGUCGGCGACCCCGACGCCUUCCCACUCGAUAGCUGGGACUAAUGGACAGUCCAGAACAUUAUUUGAGGUAGCUGCUCGACCUUGUGUUGUCGUCGCUAGAGGAUUAGGGUUACGGUUGUAUCCCAUCUCGAUACAUAUCGAGUCGAGCGAGUGGUUCUACGUCGUAGAGAUCAA